UAUUAUAAUAUGAAAUUAAUUGUAUUUACACUCUGAUUGCUACGUAGUAUAACAAAGGUUUGAAGUGGAUAUAAUCAGGUUCACAAAUUUUCUAGGGUGUGGCUUCUUAGACAAGAUCCUAAUCCGGAAGAUUUUUCGAUAGAGAGCUCUCAUUCAAAAUUGUUUUUUAGUUGUCCCACAAUAGUCUAAAGAAAAAAAAUUGUGUCUGUGUACUAUUGGAACUGUGUCUAUUUAAUUGGCUCUACGUUUUAUGAUUUCUACUCAAAUGUUCAGUUUUCUCUCAUCAGGACAAUUUAUACUAUAAUGACAGCUUGUAAGAUAGCAAACAAUUCCCGAUGAAUGGGUGAAUGACGAUGUGAAACCUCCAGCCUCAGAUUGAAAAACUAAUUGAAAGCUAGCGGAUUCAUUCAGGCAUGAUAAACCGCAUGAGAAAGUCGACACUGGUGGCCGGGUGCCUGUUGGUGACAGUGGCCCUGCUGCAGCGCACAGCCGGACUGCUUCCCUCGCUGCUGCACCCUCUGCAGUGGUUCGGAGCCGCCUUCUGUUGGCCCACCCUCGACACGCAGGCCAUCUACCGGCGGACGGGCCAGUUCAACCCAAGACACUGCAUCGCCACACGGCUCCAGAUAGCUAAGGACGACGCGUUCAUGGUCUUGCCCAGGUAUAAAUGUGGGGUGCCAGCUACAUUGGUGAGAACUUGUCUGAAGCAGAGAUCAUGCCAGGCGAUGCUUGAGCCGUUCCCUUGCUGGAAGAUGCAGGAAGAGGACAGUUGUGAGAGUCUCACAAACGCUGUCGAUCUCUGUCUCGACAUUCACGACACUCUGUGGGUUCUCGAUAUUGGUAUUGUCAACACAUUGGAACAACCUGUGAGGAAGUCCAAUCCUAGGGUUCUUGGAUUCAAUACUAAGACAGGGCAGGUGAUCCGUGUCGUGGACCUGGACGGUCUCACCUCGGCCACCAGUCGUCUGCAGUAUUUGGUGGUGGACUUCAGUGCCGAUGGAAACUGUUUCCUGUACAUUAGCGAUGCUGCCGCCAAGGCGAUUAUAGUCUACGACUUAGCAGCCGAUAAGGGCUUUCGAGUGGUUCUGCCCAAAAUCGUCACAGCUGGAUGCAACUCCAAGCGAGAUGUUCUCUAUUUGGCACUGGCCAGGAAAUGUGACGGCAGUUCAUCGUUGUACUUCACAUACCUGUCAGGACAGCGCAUGUUCUCAAUAGACACUCAGUACCUGCAGUGCGGAGAUCCCCAGGCCAAGGUGGACGAUUGUGGCCCCAAGCCAGGCCGACUAAUCAUUCUGGGCACUGACAACGGUGCUGCUAUAUUCUUCAGAUACGAAGGCCUAGGAGACGUGUACCGUUGGGACGCCAACACGUGUUUCCAUAGCAACAACUUUGUUGCCGUUCACAGGACGUGUGAGUCUUGCCUUCUGGCUACUCACGUAGCAGCUGACUACCGCCGCGACCAAAUGAGGCUACUCGAGAGCAACUUUCCAGAUUUCCUCAAGGGUUGUGUUGGCUGCGGUGCAUACCAGACUAUCACUACUAUUGAGGGUGGUUACUGAUCACCAGGUGCACCACGAAUUUGGGUGCUGAGAACUGAAACAUGCCAAAACUAUACCUUUCAUACCACAGACAACAAUAUUGACACGCUAAAUUGUUGUAUCUGUGCUUAUACAAUUUACAAUAAAAAUAAUAAUAAUAAUAAUAAUAAUAAUAAAUUCC